UUGUUGCUCUUGUCAUACAUAUGACUGGAGCCGUCUAUGGUUCUAGUGCUGCUUCAGACCAACUUGCAUUACUGGAAAUUAAAGCAAAGAUUACACUUGAUCCUCAAGGUGCUUUGACAUCAUGGAAUGAUUCCCUUCCUUUUUGCCAGUGGAGAGGAGUGACAUGUGGUCGCCGCCACCGAAGAGUCACAAUGUUGGAUCUACAAGACUUGGGUUUGGUAGGCUCUUUAUCUCCUUAUAUUGGUAACAUGAGUUUCCUCAGCUACAUUAACCUUGGCAGCAACCAACUUCAUGGAAGCAUCCCUCCUGAGAUAGGUCAUUUAUACCGGUUACGGUCAGUAUACCUUUUCAACAAUUCAUUCACGGGGGAAAUCCCGGCCAACAUCUUUAACUGCUCAAAGCUAUCAUUCAUCAAAUUACAAUAUAAUAAGCUAUCCGGCAAAAUUCCAAAUGCUUUUAGUUCUAAGUCGAUGAUAACUGUGUUACACUUACACACAAAUCACCUCACCGGCGGUAUUCCACCAAUGAUAGGCAAUCUCACAUCUCUUGAGGAACUCAGUCUAGCUUACAAUCAGCUAGAAGGGAGCAUUCCUGAUUCCUUUAAUCAACUAAAAAACUUGAGAAAAAUAGGUGUGGGAGCGAAUGGCCUCGUUGGUGCCUUCCCUUCGUUUAUGUUUAACCUUUCCAUGUUAGAAAUUCUAAGUUUCUCAGAAAAUCAACUUCAAGGCAGUCUACCCUCCAACUUAUGUUUGAGUCAGCCCCAUCUCACGUGGAUAGGAUUUGGGUCUAAUCACUUCAAUGGAUUCCUUCCACCGUCAAUAUCAAAUUGUUCAGAGUUGGAAGUCCUUGCUUUGCCUAAUAAUUACUUGAAGGGCGAAAUAGCUGUUGAUUUUGGAAGACUACAACAUCUUAAUAAACUAUCUCUUGCUGCCAACAAGUUUGGAAGCAAGGAUCGCGAUGACAUGAAUUUCUUUUCUUCUUUGUCCAACUGUAGCAAUUUGGAAAUUGUGGACCUUUUCAGAAACCAAUUAGGAGGGGUGCUGCCAAAUUCACUGGGGAAUUUCUCAUCCAAACUGUCUUACCUAGCGUUGAACAGUAACCACCUCUCAGGUAGCAUCCCUUCAUCUAUAGGCAAUUUGUUAGGCCUAACCACAUUUUUUUCAAGUGCAAACAACUUCACAGGCUUGAUUCCUGAAAGCAUUGGCAAGCUUCAACACUUGCAAAUACUGUAUCUUGACAACAACCAUUUCUUUGGGGUUAUUCCAAGAUCUAUAGGAAACUUGUCACUUUUAAAUAAAGUAGCAUUAGCUGGAAACAGUUUGGAAGGCAGUAUACCCUCCACUAUUAAGAGUUGGAAACAAGUCAUAGCUUUGGACCUUCAUGGAAAUAAACUAAGUGGGAGUGUACCCAAAGAGCUAUUCCAACUGACCUCACUUUCCAUAGCGCUAGAUCUGAGUCAAAACAAUUUGUCCGGAGUGCUUCCACAAGAGAUUAGCAAUCUUAAACUCUUGGGAACACUUGAUUUUUCUAUGAAUCGUUUCACAGGUGAACUUCCAAGUAGUUUAAGCAGUUGCGUCAGUCUUGAAAACCUAAACCUUUCUAGUAAUCUCUUUUAUGGAUCAAUGCCGGAAUCAUUUAUUUCGUUGAAAGCCCUCGAAUAUGUUGACUUGUCGCGCAAUAACUUUUCUGGACACAUUUCAACGUAUUUGCAACAAAUUCCCUUGAAGCAACUUAAUAUUUCGUAUAAUAACUUUGAGGGUGAGGUACCUGUUAAAGGUGUUUUCACCAACACAGGUGCAAUAUCAGUCAUUGGGAACACAAGACUCUGCGGGGGAAUAGCAGACCUUCACCUACCCAAAUGCACAAGCACAGCUAGCAACCCCAAAGGACGAACUCGAAAGCUUUCUGUGCGUGUUAUUGUAGCAGUUUCACUAUGUUCCACUGUUGCAGGUUUAGCUCUCUUGUCCUUUGUCUUGUUUUACUGUGGUAUAAAAAAGAAGAGAGAUGAACCACCAGAAGCAAGAUUGACUGAAUCUAUUGAGAAGAUAUCAUAUGGAAGACUUUUUAAAGCAACAGAAGGGUUCUCUACCAAAAAUCUGAUUGGUACAGGCAGUUUUUCUUCGGUUUACAAAGGAGUUUUUGAUGAAAAUGGCUUCACUAUGGCAAUCAAAGUACUAAACCUUCAACGUCGAGGAGGUUUUAAGAGCUUUAUGGCUGAGUGUGAGGCAUUGAGAAACAUUCGUCACCGCAACCUGGUGAAGGUCAUAACUGCUUGCUCAAGUGUCGAUUUCCAAGGAAAUGAUUUCAAAGCUUUGGUGUACGAUUUCAUGCCAAAUGGGAGUCUGGAUAGCUGGUUGUAUUCCGUAGACCGUACGCUGGAUCUUGUUCAAAGAAUCAGUAUCAUCAAAGAAGUGGCUUUUGCUCUUGAUUAUCUCCAUUGUCGUUGUGGAAAUGUUAUUGUUCAUUGUGACUUGAAGCCGAGCAAUAUUUUACUGGAUGCGGAUAUGGUUGCUCAUGUUGGAGAUUUUGGGCUUGCGAAAAUACUUUUCCUUAAAGAAGGUCCUAAUGCAAACGCGAGUAGCUCAAGUUUUAUAAGAGGAACCAUUGGUUAUGCACCUCCAGAAUAUGGGCUUGGAAAUGAAGUGUCAACCAGUGGGGACAUAUAUAGCUAUGGGAUCUUAUUGUUAGAGAUGUUGACAGGAAAAAAACCUGUUGAUCCAAUGUUUGAAGGAGGCCUAGGCCUGCAUUCCUAUGCUAGGAGUGCCUUGGCUGAAGGUUUGGUUCUUCAGAUUGUGGAUCCAAUGCUUCUAAGUAAGGACGUCAACGAAAAUAGUUUGAUUUCACUUGUAAAAAUCGGUGUGCAAUGCUCUUAUGAGUCUCCACAAGAUCGAAUGGAUAUUGGGACUGUUAUUCACGAGCUCUUCGGGACAACAUUUGCAAGUAGAUCUUGACUUGUUAAAUACCCACUAUGCAAAUGGUGCGACCCAAAAAGCUAGCUAGUUUGUUGUUUAAUAAACAAUACUUGCUUUCAUCCAUCUGAAUCAAUAAACGAGUUAUAAUGUUUUAUUAUUA